UUUUUUUUUGUUUUUUUAAAAAAAAUUGACUCUACUUUAAAGGCGCGUUUUCACUUUCUUGAUUUCUUAUGACAAGCUAUAUAAAAUUUACACCCAUUUCAGGUGCAAAAAACGAAGAUCCUCUUUGUUAUUUAUUAGAAAUUGACGAAGCCAAAAUCCUACUUGACUGUGGGUGGUCUGAUAAAUUUGACGAACACGAUCUUGCCCAUUUAAAAAAAAUUGCAAAACAAGUUGAUGUCGUCUUGUUAUCUCAUUCUGAUUUGCCUCAUUUGGGCGCGUACCCUUAUGCACGUAGCCACCUUGGCAUGACUUGUCCCGUUUAUUCCACCAUCCCCAUUGUUAACAUGGGAAGAAUCUGCUUGUAUGACCUCUAUCAAGCCAAAACUGACGAGCUUGACUUCAAAACAUUUUCGCUGGAAGACGUCGAUAACGCAUUUGAUAAAAUUACAUCACUCCGAUAUUCACAACCUACUGCUUUAACAGGUAAAUGCCAAGGUAUUACCAUUACAGCUUACGCUGCUGCACAUACCAUUGGGGGUACGAUAUGGAAAAUUAAACAAGACACCGACGAGAUUGUUUACGCUGUAGAUUUCAAUCAUCGGAAGGAACUGCAUUUAGACGGAACUGUGUUGCAUUCUGGUGGUGUUGUUUUAGAUGCUUUGACUCGUCCUUCUUUACUCAUUACCGAUGCCUACAAUUCAAAAGUCGUUCACCCAGCCCGUAAAGACAGAUAUGCCGCUAUGUUUGAUACCAUGAUGACUACAUUAAAUAACGGAGGCUCUGUUUUACUACCUACCGAUUCUACGGCGCGUGUUCUGGAACUAUCUAAUCUACUGGAACAACAUUGGUCCCAAAACCAAAUCAGCUACCCUCUCAUCAUGUUAACUUAUACCAGUUUCCGUAUGGCUUAUUUCGCCAAAGUUAUGUUAGAAUGGAUGGGCGAGGAUCUCAAUAAGAACUUCUCCCAGCGUGAAUUACCUUAUGAAUUUAAAUACAUGCGAUUAUGCCAUAAAUUAGCAGAUCUCGACAACUACCCAGGUCCCAAAGUCGUCAUAGCCAGCAAUGAUAGUUUAGAGACAGGUUUUUCACGUGAGUUGUUUGUCAAAUGGAUGGCCAUGGAGGAUAAAAAUACCCUGAUCUUAACUGACAGGUCUGGUCCCGACACUUUGGCACGUCGUUUAUACAAUGAUUGGGAUGCUCAAACGGGGGAUCCUCAAGUACCAGUCAACAGCACCAAAGUACCCGUCAAAUCAGCUAUCGAAUACGAAACCACCAUGGAUUUAAAGGUCUAUAAGCGUGUGCCUCUAGAAGGUGCAGAGUUACAAGAAUAUGAGGCCGCGCAACGUGCCAAACAAGAACGUGAUGCUGCACAAGCCGCCAUGAUUGCGCGAAGUAAAACCAUCAUCGAGGAGGAUGAAUCCGACUCUUCCGAUAUUGACGACGUGGAUGAAAAUAUGGAAGAUUUGUUGACUAAGCAGUUUGAUUUAUAUGUGAGGGAUGCUGGAAAAUCGGGUGGAUUCUUCAAACAAGCCCAGAGUUAUCGUAUGUUUCCUUAUCUUGAGAAACGCAAAAAGAUCGAUGACUAUGGUGAAGCCAUUCAAGUCGAACAUUAUAUGAAGGCUUCGGAUUUUGAACGUAUUGAGCAAGAGAAGAAGAGCUUAGGCGAAGGAGCGAAUUUUGGCAAAGAAGACGAAAUGCAAGUGGAUAUCGACGAGCAUUUUUUUUUGGGAAGAGAUGAUACACCUACAAAAUAUACCUCCAGUGACGAAACCUUACAUAUCAAAUGUCAAUUAAGAUAUGUCGAUUUAGAAGGUCUUUCUGAUGGUCGAUCUAUUAAGACCAUCUUGCCUCAAAUCGCACCUCGCAAAUUGAUUAUUGUGCAUGGUUCCAAGGAAUCUACAGAUGAUUUAUCUUCAGCCGUACACAGCAUCGACCACUUCACAAAUGAAAUUUUUACGCCCUCUGUAGGCGAAGUGCUGAAUGUCUCUGCCGCUACCAACAUUUACAGAGUCAAGUUGACAGAUAGUAUGGCCAGCUCACUUCAGUUCUCCAAGCUUGAUGACUAUGAUUUAGCACGUAUCGUGGGUCGUAUUCAUUUCCCAGAUGAUUCCACCACUCCUUCAUUAGAUGUGGCUAUGCCUGAUGCAACAGUUAAGGAAGAACCCACUAUCUUUGUCGGCGAUGUCAGAUUGUCAGAAUUCAAAAAGGUAUUACAAUCAGCAGGAAUUCAGGCAGAAUUUAAGGGAGAAGGAAUUUUAGUCUGUAAUGACGAAGUAGCCGUUCGAAAGACGGGUACAGGACAAUUGCUAGUGGAAGGCAUAUUAUCAGAGGACUAUUACAAAAUUAGAUCCUUGUUGUAUGCUCAACAUGCCAUUGUGUAAAAAAAAAAUAAACAAUAAAAAAAUGGGCUUGGGCGUGUGCAUGUAUGGAAGUAUUUGAGGCGUG